AUGCGAUACCCUCUGAGUGAGGAGGCCAACAAGAUGCAACAGCCACAUCUCCCCGAUGCCCUUGCUGGAAGCAGUCAGGGGCGUUAUCUGCCAGGCAGCAGUGGUGGGGUCGUCAGCUCGACUAUCCCCCGAUCUCAGCUUCCUUCCAACUUUAACUCCUCACAAUUCAACCUGCUUUCUAGCGAACCGUAUCCCAGUCCCAGUCAAACUCACUGCCCCUUCAACCCAAGCCAAUCACCUUCACAGGAGAUGUCAUCUCCGCGCCACAGAAUAUGCCUCAAUGUGGACGGUGGAGGCGGCGAAUGUACCGGUAGCGCCGGUGGUGGAGGAUUUCUUGUUGUCAAUAUAAUCGCUGGCAGUGGCCUCAAAACCACUCAAAUGCUUCUGCGCGACCUGUACUGUGUUCUAGAGACAGAUUCUGUGCGCAAAGCACGAUCAAUGAUCCGUACGAGUACGGAUUACUUUGAAUGGGAUGAAGUUUUCGAGAUGGAAAUUGAGGAAUCACGUUUUCUUUCUAUCCUCAUCUACCAAUGGGACGCUCGCACUCGUCACAGGCUAUGUUUCUAUGGUGGUAUUGAUCUGACCUCCCUGACACAACCAAAUCUCUCCACAUUACCGAAUCGAGAACAGAAGGAGGUGGACGAACCAGAAGACGAAUGUCAACCGCUAACAAGUCCCUUAAUUGCGCGAUCAGGAAUGCACUUUGAGAAGAUUGCCCUUCAGUUGGAACCACGAGGAGUUCUCUAUUUACAAAUGGGCUUCCUCCCAAUGAUUGCACUGUACAUGCGACGAAAUCUAUCAGCCGCCUAUGACACAUCCCUCUUUGGAGUGAGCCUGGACGAGCUCGUGUAUAGAGACAGAAUGCUCGCCAGUCUCGGUGUCAUUUCCGACUCAGUUGUCCCCCUGCUGAUAAGGAAGUGUGUCGAAGAGGUGGACAGGCGAGGCACUGAGGUGGUCGGAAUAUACAGGCUCUCGGGAUCGGUGUGGAUGAAACUACAGGUGCGCGAUCUCUUCACUCGCACCGCGGAGAAGAUUGCUCAAGGACUAGUAAAACGGAGCGAAAAGGCGGUGAGGGGGGCCCUUGCUGCCUUGGAUCUCUCGGCUGAUGCUGUUCCAGACAUACAUGCAAUAACUGGUGAGUUGCAUCUUCACGAUAGAUGA